ACUACCACAUACAGCAAUUGCACCACCCUUCCCCGCAUUUCCCCAUGGCCACUUCUUUUUCUUGCUUCCUUGCCAUCUCAAUUCUACUAGUGUUCUUCUCACUCCCCCCGCUUACUGGUGCAAGGCUCCUGUAUGCGGACAAGAACUCCCUCAAUGACAGCAAGUCUUUCUCCAUCGGAGGUGGGAGAGGCAAGGGUGGCGGCCGAGGUUUUGGUGUGAGUAUCAGCCAUGGCGGGCACGGCACCUCCAUCGCUAUAGGUGGCGGACUUGGAGGUGGAGCUGCUACUAACCAUGGUGGUGGCCCAAGCGUAGGUGGUGGAGCAGGUGCGGGCAUUGGCAUCAAUAUAGGGCACGGUGGCGUGGAUGUAGGGAUAGGUGGGGGUGGAGGUGGAGCGGCUAGCACCGGCGGGGCGCAUGCAGGUGGUAGUGGUGGAGGUGGCAUUGGAGUUCACAUAGGCCAUGGUGGCGUGGAUGUAGGGAUAGGUGGAGGUGGAGGCCAUCAUGGGGCUACUGUAAGCGCCGGGGGUGGGGGCGGCGGCGGUGCUGGUGUACGUGGAAGUGGGGGAGGCGAAGGCGGUGGUAGCGGUGUUGGUCGUGCCGGCAAUGUUGUGGGUGGUGGGGGAGGGUAUGGUAGUGCAAACGGCGGUAACAGAAGCGGAGGAGGUAUCGGAGUUGGAUCAGCUGGUGGAAGUGUAGGUGGUGGCUCUGGAAAUGGUGGUGUAGUACAUGGUUGAUUGGUUUGUUAAUUUGAGAAGUACAUAUGCAUACAACAUAUUUUAGUUUGCUAAUGAAAUACUCCCUUUGUAACUUUUUAUAAGAUAUUUAAUAUAAUAUGGGUAUGUAUAGGAAACGAUAAAUAUGCUAGUAUUUUUGUGUUUAUUGUAUGUCUAAUA